GCGCCGCGCAGCCCGCACGCGACAUGCGCGCCCUCUAACGUAUUAUGUUCCUCCCCGACCUGCCGCGAGCCUGCAUGGUGGACGACGUAGCGACUUACCUACAAGCUCCCUCCUCGGGACAGGUGGCUACAAUAUAUUAACAACAACCCAUAUGACGAGUUCCAUCCGUUCAUAGAGGCCCUGAUGCCCUUUGUAAAGUCCUUUUCGUACACGUGGUUCAAUUUACAAGCGGCCAAACGGAAAUAUUACAAGAAACACGAGAAGCGCAUGAGUCUCGAGGAGGAGCGGCACACCAAGUAUGAAUUACAGAACGAAAAAGCUGAAGUCAAACAAAAAUGGGCAUCUCGUUUACUGGGCAAACUGCGCAAGGACAUUACGCAAGACUGCCGGGAGGACUUCGUGCUCAGCAUCACGGGCAAGAGGCCGGCUGUCUGCGUACUAUCCAACCCCGAUCAGAAAGGCAAGAUGCGGAGGAUAGACUGCCUCAGGCAGGCUGACAAGGUGUGGCGUCUUGACCUGGUAAUGGUGAUACUGUUCAAAGCGAUACCAUUAGAAAGCACAGACGGGGAAAGGCUAGAGAAGCAUCCAGAAUGUACCCAGCCAGGGUUGUGCGUCAAUCCGUACCACAUCAACGUAUCAGUGAGGGAACUGGACUUAUACCUGGCCAACUUUAUCAACAGCUAUGGUAAUGGGAGCGACGGUCUGCCAGAUAUCCUAAGCGGAUCCCUCUCGCCUCACACUCCUAGAGACAAAGAGAACGAACACGAAGCUAAGAGCAAAGGCUAUAGCCACAAUCCGUACAACGGUGUAAUUUGCAACGAUAUUAUUCUAGCAACUGGUGUCUUCUCUUCGAAGGAACUAUGGAAGUUGUCUAAAGCGUCAAUACUCCAGGAGACAGGGUCGGAGUCGCCGAGCGGGUCGGGCGGGGGCAUCAAGCUAGAGUCCGGGUACUACUGCGGCUACAACAGCCCUGCUCCGCCCGCGUUCGAUCCACCCGCCGAGCGCGCUACACCCUCGGCUAUGCUCGUCGGACAGUGUUUUAGCAUCCCUCAUAGUUCAGCGGGACUGAGUUCUGCGCAGGCGCCGCUAGUGGCCUCCAACACCAUAUUCUACCAGCAUCCGCCACCCACAGACACGCAUCCCACAGCUUCAGAAGCGUUAACAAGUCAACAUUCAAGUGGCAAGUACGACGGCGCGCCACAGGACUCCCUCGGAGAUUUCGUCACAUUCGUAUGUCAAGAGCCAACGGACGUACAACAGUUGCAGGUGCACAGUCUGUCUAGGAGUCCAAAGCCCGCGUAUUUCAGCAGCGCGAUGCUCCCACCGCCACCUCUGCCGCCGAUGGCCAGGCCAGUCGCCAUCAUUAGGUCGACAGCGAGUGAGAUGGUGAGCAGCGGGAGCGGCGGCGGCGGCUGCGGCUCGCCGGCGUCGCCCGAGGUGCGGUCGCCGCCGGCGUCGCCGCGCCGCCGCUCGCCGCACUACCGCGCCGACUGCCACCCGCACCCGCCCAUAUCGCACUUCAACCACUUCCACACUCAGCCGCAGCAGGUGUUCAGCUACGGGUCGCUGGGCGGCGUGGGUCUGGGUGGCGCGGUAGGCGGCGUAGGCGGCGUGGGCGGCGUGGGGUCGGUGGGCGGCGUGGGCGCGGGCGGCGGCGCCGUGCUGCCGGCGGCGGGGGGCGUGUCGCCGCCCGGCGGGCUCGGCCUCUACGCGCCCAGGGCCGCCGCCAGGGCGCCCCCCAGUGUUUGGUCUUCCAGAUGGAGCGCGCCGUUCCCGACGCUGGAGGACGAGUUCAAUAUAAUGGCAACACCCGCGGGACCUGACCACGUCGUUCUAUUGGAUGACGAACGCUUCUUCCAAUCAAGCGUAAUAACAUCAGAGGCGACAGCUAUGGACACGGGGGCGUCGGUGGGGACGAGCGUCGGCGUGGACUCCGAGGACAUCGCCCCCGACAAGCCGGCGCCCGACCUGCACUCGCCGUGAUCCGCGCCCCCGCCGCCCCCGCCGCCCCCGCCGCCCCUGCAGCCGGCCGCGCCGCCGCCCACCGUGCUGCGCUGGACGCCCGCCCCGCCGCCACACUGGCGCCCGGUGACACACCGAGCCCUAUGAUUUAUACAUGUUCUGGUUUUAUAUUUAUAAUAAUUGGUUAUUUUGAUUUUUAAUCGAUAUUAUCAUAAUUAUAUUAUAGUCCAUUCGAUUAUUUAUUUAUCUACUUUAUAGUGUAAAUAAUUAUAUUUAAAGGUGAGUAUUGACUGUGUACAUGCUCGUAUAAAGAUUGAGUUAGUGAUAGUUGUUAUUUUUUCUAAAAUCUUAACACAGUCAAUAAAAAAAAAAUAGCAAUCUAAUGAACAUUGAACGGUCAACACUAGUCUUCGAGCAGUGGUCAAUUAAUUGCCUGAUGAUACCACAUUUAUAGGCGAAAGACAUGUAACAACAUGUGUGUCGACGGAAUGACGGUUAGAGAUUGAUGACUAAUAUGAAUGGUCGUAAGGUAUGGUCUAACAGUAGUCAUUUCUCAAUAUCAUAUCUUUCUAGUCGCACGCAUACUAAUGAUAGAGGAAUUAAACAAUAUAACAGAGGGAGACUUUGUACAAAAGUCGAUUGCUUGGGCACCUCUGUCCCGUUCGUGUUUCUACCGUGAAGCAGUUAUAUUCGCAUGGCUGUGUUUCGGUUUGAACAAUGGAAUAUGGCAGUGAAUUUACAGGGUACAGAGGAAUAAUACCUGACUCCUCAGGAAUGACAACACAUGGGUGCUAUCAUGGGCGAAACAGUACACUCUGUUAUGUCCAUGGUACUGCUCAUGUUACGAUGACGGUUACCACUUUCCAUCAGGUGGGCAGUCAGUUUGUUUGCGAUUCGAAGUUGUUUAAAAAAAUCUGUUCAACUAAUGAAUAAAAGAUCAAAGAUCAUAUUGUUGCAUCUUUACAUUGCAUCUGGUAAUGCUGUUUUUUUUUGUGUGCAGACUUGAUGUAAUUGUGUCUUUCUUUGAGAGAAAUUAUAAAAAGUUAUUGUUAGUUCUUCAUUAAUUAACACAGCACAAACAUAACAUAGAUGUAGGUAUGUAUACAUUUAGAGAACAUAUAAAAUUGUUUACAAAUUCAAACAAGCGAAGGAACGUUUGAUAGCUUUCAAGUUUACAUACGUGAAUGCUCCCAGUGAAUACUCACCUUUAUAAUAUUAUAUAUAUAAAUUUAUAAUAUUGAUAUUUAUAUAUAAUAUAUAAUUUGUCUGUUUUGAUUUAUAAAAAAAAAUACAGUGGCGGCAGCGUUGACAAGAUGUGGGGAUCAGUGUAAAUAAUAAACGGGAUUGAAAAUACGGAAGUAGUUGAAAUUUAGAUUUUACAAUUUGACGCAAUAUUGAUUAUCCGUGUUUGUCAAUAGCAACAUUAAGAAAUUCUGUGCGACGUGAACUUGCGACGGCGCUGCACAAAGUGUUUAGAAUAACGCCACCUAUUGAGCGCCAAACGAAUUAUCCACAAACAUGUAUAAUCAAUGUAGCUCUCAUUUAAUACUUGUUAAGGCGAUAACAAAAUACAAUACUCCAACGAUAAUUAUGUAAAAAUAUAAAGCUACGAAAAUAAAAACAACAUAUUAUUAUAUUCUAAUAUUUUUAUAGAAUAUAAAACAAGUAUGAUAUGAUCAAGCCUUCCAGUAAUUUAGUGAAAUAAAAUGUUAAUGAAAGUACAGCUUAUAAAAAAAAAAUAUUGUUUGCUGAGCUGUGAAACAGUUAGGAAAAGCGGUUUAUGGAAAUUUAUGCUUCCAAUACUAGCGUCAAAACAUGUUUUUAUUGACGAAAGUGUGAUAUUAUAAGUUGUUUUUGUUUCAUUGUUGUGUGUUUUGUAUUGAAAAGUAAAUAGAUUAAGCACUAGUUUAUAUAUAUUUUUUUUUAAUUUAUUGAACGAAUAUUUAAGAAAGACGAGCCUUGCUUAUUAUAAAAUAAUAGUUUAGUUAUGUAAAUUAGUAGCCACGUGACUAGCAUUUUUAUUGUUGUCUUUCGAUAGGGAAAUCUAUAAAUGUAAUAAAUACAUACAAUAUUACGAUAUCUGAUAUUUAAUAAAAAAAAAAAAGUAUAUGUACAUUCAUAAGUUUGUAUAUUGUUUUACUUUGAAGCUCAAAGUUAUUUUUGUUUAUAGAUUUGUUCAUAUUGAAUAUUCUACCAUUAAGAAGAGUGAAGUGCCAUAUAAAUGUAUGUACGUGCUUAUAUAAAUAAAGUACAAGAAGUAUAAUAAAAAAAAACUAAGAAUAUUGGUUUAGUAAGAAGAAAAACAUUGAUCUCAAAAAAUAAAAAUAUAUUUUGAGCUUUGAAAUUUGACAUGUUGCGAAUAGAAUACCGAAUCGAAAAACAACAAUAAUAUGGUAAUAAGUAGUUCGACAGUUGUCGAGGGACAUUUUAUAGGUGCCUUUCAUAAAAAAAAAAUCGUAAAAUAAUUUAACUAAUAGGGUCUUGUACAUUGUAGUCUUUUUAAUAAAUCCAUCCGCUCAUACCUGUAACAUGGACGAUUCAUUAACCUGUUUAUCUUAAACUUGUUAUUUUCUGUAACCAAGUGUUUGCAUUACGGAAUCAUAGAAACAUUGGUGUCAGAAUAAUAGCAACAUGAAUAAUCCUUAUAAUCCUUUCUCUUUAAAACUCUAGUACUUGUGUAAUUUUUAAUUUGUCACUCUAAUAAUUUGUUCAUAAUGCCGUGGCCAUACGAGAAAAGCUAGUCAUUAGAGUAACAAUGUAUGUAAAUUUAAUAUAACUUAAAAUAAAACGAAUAUUUACAAUUAUAGUACCCCUUACAAUUAUUAGUAAGGGGUCAAACCUAAAAUUGUGGCCAAAUUACACUUAAUGAAAUCCAAAUAUAUAUACACGGUUUUAAAUAGAUAUAGAUUUAUGUAAGUAUGGUAUAUUUAAGUUGACAGUUGUAGGUACUUUAUGGUAAUUGAACGUGACAGCUGUGAGCUUGAGAAAGGGAUAAUGUUUUUCACUGCGGUCACAUGUCGCUGUCUACCAUUUUGUCAGUGGUCACAAAAAUUCACGUUAAUCUCAAGAUAUUUAAUUGUUUUCAGAAAUAAAGAGAAUAGGUUACAUUUUCUAUUGUCAUCUUUGGUUAAUUUCACUACGAUUCUCACUCAUCUUAUUGAUCUGAUAAAAAAAUAAUGACAUGCUAAUCUCUUUUUACGUUGAGUUUUUACUAUUAACAAGAUUUCUUUUCAGAUAUAAUAUUAAAUUUGAAGCCUUAAUAUUUAUUUUCUAAAAUUAGAAACAUAGUAUAGUAGGAAACGUAGCAAUAAAUGACAAGCAAUAAUUAAAAGGUAAUAAUUACAAAAACAGCUUUAGUGAAGCUAGAAUUUGGUACUGAGGUAGUAUGAUCCUAUAUUCGUAACAGUUGACUUGCAAAAUAUUUUUUCUAUAGAAAAAUAUGCUGGACAGACUGGGUUCUAUGUAUAAAAUUCGACUUAAAAUUUAGGAAGGCAGUUUGGUACAACUAAUACAUAGCUAUUUCACAGAACAAAAAUAUAUUAGUCUAUUACAGCUAUAAUAGUUCAACUAGGCAGAAAAGCGGGAAUUAGUCAAUUGCUAGCUAUAGACAUUAGACGAUAUAAAACAGUUAGACAAAAUAAUAGUGGUGUCACAUAAGGCUUGUUGAUUAUACUGAAUUCAGAAAACAUACAUUUACGUCAUAUAUUAAAUUUUGAAAACGAUAACCCUGUAAAAAGUUAAGGCAAUAAAAUAAUGGAGACGAAUUUAAAAGCUCAUUGGUGCCGAAAAUUCUAGACUGUGAUUCAAUUGUUCAUUCUGAACGUGUCUUAUAUUGAAAUAGUUGUUUUUGUAUGAUUGGCAAUUGCACUGCUAGUGCCGAAGGAAAAGAAAUAGUACAUGCGUGUAUUAUUAAAGUAAAUGAUAAACAGAAUCAUGUUGUAUGUAAUGCAUUUGUUAUUAUUAUAAACGAAGAUAAAACGCUAUCCGCUAAAGGGAAGCCAAUAGAUUUUACAAUACUUUUGUUUUAUCAGCAGCGUGUGUAGGUUUGAUAGAAUUCAUUAGCUUUGCAAAGGUUCCGUGCGUGACAAAUACUGACACUGUUUUGGCUAACUAUUUUGAUCGAUAAUCGUAUGAACAACAAAAGGGGAAAACAAAGUAUUUGUCACAGCAUGUUUGUUUAUUUUCUUUUAAUUAGCACCACUGUUACGAUAUGGAGUAAUAAUUGAAAGCCUAAACAUUAUGUGCCUUAGAUACAACAAUAUUGUAUGAUAUUUAUGAUGCGUUCUAUACAACGUGCUAACUAGAAAUAAAGAUAAACAUUAUUUUGAAUGCCUCGACUUUGAAAUGACUUCAUUGUUAGAAUUAAUUUCGGCGAAGGCUUGUGGAUCUUUAUAGGUUUUGUAUCCCAAUAUUUAUAAUAUAAUCACGUAUAAUUUAUUUUGAGUCCUUUGUAAAUAAACGAAACAUUUGGUAGCGAACCAUUCUAAGCCAAAAUUUGUUUAUUUCUAUAUUCUCAUAAUAAUAAUAAUAAUAUUUAUCGCUUUUAUCAAAAUUAUAAAACUGGGCACCCAGCAGUCUGGAAGUUAAUUUCGAAUCCAGAGUAUUAUAAAAUUAUAACCCUGACCUACUAAUUAUUAAGUAACGCUUCAAUGCGUAGUUUUGCUGAAGAUAUAAAUACUUCAACUAUAUUAUAUAAUUUUAGUGUUACCUACAAUAUACCCAUUUAAGUACAUAUUCUAUACUUUACUGGCAUGUAUAUCUUAAUCGCCAAGAUUGAAUUAGGUACGCCUUUUAUUUGAGACGAAUCUAAGUAGAAAACACAUUCUCGCAUGGCUUUUUAAUAUUAUCAAUGCAACCUAAAUGCAAAGCUUUUGCAUUUAGGUCACACGAUACUCUGUAAAAAUACAAUAUAACGUAAUUAUUUAUUUUAUUUCCUAACAUUACAUUAAUGACAAUUAAUAAAGGAACACAAAUCCGUCUUGUUAAUUUGUGGAUUUCUGAAAUUGAAAUAACGUAACAUACGUAAAUAGAGAAUAAUUAUAAGAGUAAUUAAUUAACCAAUAGAAAAAUACUCCUAGUUACGAAUUUCUUAGUUCAUUGUAUGUGCAAUUAUAAAUAAUUAAAUGUUUUUAGCGAAUUUAUUAAUUAUUUUAGUGUAUUCGUGUCCACGACCAUAAUGUCUGUAAAUAUGUACCGGAGUUUAUUUAUAUGAUUUAAUUUGUAUAAUUUAACAGUAGAAUGAAGAUUAUGUGUUAUGUUUGUCAUAUUUCAUCUCUUUACAGUGCUUUCAUAUAAUGUUUAGUUUGUACUUUUUUUUUUUUUAAUUUAUGUUAAAAGCCGUAUUGUAUAGAUCAAAUGAACUUUUCUUUGACGACGGGAAACAUAGUAUAAACAACGAUUUUGUAAUCGGCUAAGAAAAGAUUAUUUGAUUAGUACACAAUAAACUAAAGAUAGACUUGUAAAAAUGUUAUAACAUGUAUUUUUAACCUAUACAUAGUAAGAUAUUUAUAGAAUUUUAGUCGUUUAAUUAUUUCGAACGACUUGUUAUAAAGAAAAUUGGUGCUUAAAGCUUAAACAAAUAUGAAACGGCACAAUAAAGUGCUGUGUGUGUAUUGUCAUGGAGGGGUCAGAGCAUAAUGACAUAGCAUGCGUUGUUAUGCUUGCAUCCACGUAGAAUUGUUUAUAAGUAUAUUUUUAUUAAAAUUUCGAACGACGGAACAAGGUCAUAACAUACAGAAAGCUAUUCCGAAUGUUAUCAUGAAAUCUAAUUAUCUAAUGUACCUACGUGUAAAAUAUAAAUUGUAUUGUGUAUAAGUAAUUAUAUUUUUUUUUACCUGAAUUUUCAAACGCUGGAGCAAAGUCAAUGUAUACCGAUUGUUAUUUCUAACGUUACCAUAUGACCUAUUGUACAGUUUGUGUAUUUUUUUUUUUUAAUAAACAAAUCAUAAACAAUUCUGCGUGAAUAUGUAAGCAGUUAUAAUAAUGUAGGUAAACUUUGCUCAAUAUCGAUGAAAACUGAAAGUGUUACAGUUGAUGCAAUACAAACAAACAAACACA